AGUGCCAGGCAGUCUGUGUCUGGGUUCAGGGUAAUCAUGAGCUACAGGACUGUGGUGAUGGUACAUGGAGAUCGGCUGCUUUAUGGUCUGCGGCUCUGGAUGGAUCCUGGUCUGAUCCACCAUGCCCACCAGUGAUCUGGACUUGGUCUGAGGGGACACUCACAUGAGCCGUGCUCUUAUCAUCAUCUCCAUUAUCCUGUCCUUCUUUGGAUCGGUUCUGGUCUUAGUGGAAAUGAUGUACACUAAGACUGGGAGAUGUCUGGGAGGAUUCUUAGUCAUCCUGGUCAUGGCUAUCCAAGCAUUUCCAUUGUUUACCCAGCAGCACCGACAAAGAAAUGACCAUUCAUAAUUUCGAUCUAAACCUCAAAGCUCGAGAAGAUUCUUCGACUCCCGGCUCCCUGAUGCCUGUAUACGUAUUCCAACACUAUUAUAGACCAUUGACCACUUGUUGAUGUUUGGGGCCAAACUCCGCCCUGCAGAAUAUAACAGUCCGCAGCACAUGAACGAUCAAUCACAACCUAUCCAUUGACCUCACUAAUGCAGAGCAACAAGAGUCGCCUCUGCAGUAUGAUACGCAUGUGUGUGGAGAUCUUGGCCUUUAUUUUCACAACCUCAGGGUGGGUGCUCGUGUCUUCCACAUUACCGACGGACUACUGGAAGGUGGCUUCACUUGAUGGAACGAUCAUUCUCGCUUCAUCCGCCUACUCGGCCAAUCUGUGGAAGAUAUGCAUCACUGAUUCAACUGGAGUCUCUGACUGCAAAGACUUUCCCUCGAUGCUGGCAUUGGAUGGCUACAUCCAAGCAUGCAGAGGGUUGAUGAUCGCUGCCAUCUGUCUGGGUUUUUUUGGCUCUACAUUUGCUCUUGUUGGAAUGAAAUGCACCAAAAUUGGGGGAAGUGACAAAAACAAAGCCAGGAUUGCCUGCCUUGCUGGUGUAAAUUUCAUCCUUAGUGGCCUCUGCUCGCUCUCAGGUUGUUCCCUCUAUGCACACCAGAUAACAUCAGAGUUUUUCGACCCAACGUUUGUGGCACUGAAGUAUGACUUUGGUGUUGCUCUCUUUGUCGGCUGGGGAGGUUCUUUCCUUUGUAUCCUCGGAGGCGGCAUGCUCUGCUUCUCCAUCACUGGUUCUUUUACCAAAGGCCACAGCCAGGUAAAGUAUAUCUACAAAGGUGCUGCCUCACCUUCUCAUGUCUCCUCCUACCCGAGAGGGCAGGCAAAGUCUGUAAACCAGAGGCCGCCUCCAGACUACAGCAGCUCCACCAGGAUGCAGCACUCUGAUAAGAAUGCAUAUGUGUGAGCAGCAGAAUUUUCUGAUAUUGAUUUGCAACUCACUAAAAAUUAAGUUUAAAAGAUUUGCAUGUUUCUUCCAGGAGUAUGAAACUGAAGGUGUAAGCUAAAGUUUACUCGUGAUCUUGGGGAAUUCAUAUUUUCUAUACGUUUUCUAUUUUUUGAUGCCAGUGUGCAGUGAUUUGUAAGACAUUUUCUUUGUUGGUUGUAUCUUUAACUGUAAGUAACCUGCACAUGUUGUUCAUCUGUAAAGGCAGCAUUUAAAACUAUCAUGAAAUAACCGUUAACUGUGAUCUUGUAACAUGCGAAAUUCAAGAAGGUCAAAAAAGGCAUCUUGUCAUUGUCUCUAUAAGUGGUGAAAGAUGUGUGGCUCUGUUUUUAGCAGAGUUAAGAUCUACAAAUAAACAAAAGUGAGUUUCA